GGUCGAGGCGCGGGUAGCGUGGUGGUGGGAGCACGCGAACCACGGAACCUGCCAGUACGCGCUCAACCGUCACCUCGUGUGGUUUGCGCGUAACCUCGUUAGUUUAUUCGGUCUUUCUCGCGAUCUGCUCACGUGUCCGUGGAUAUCGUCGCUUGUUUUCGAACGGUUCUCCCGCGAAGGUGACAUGAAGUGAUCGAGCUUCGGGCUACCUCGUCACGACAGGAAGCAUGGAUCGACGCGGUGGCUUCUCCAUUUCGAUCGCCUGCUUGCUGAUCGCCGUUGCUGUCGCCUCUGAUGCUGGGACCAGCGUGCAGGAAACAACAUUACGGCCCGCGCUGGGUCCCGAGACCUGGGGAACGAACACGAGCUCGUCGACCGUCAGGUUCGUCGAGGGUGCGGUCGGUCGAAGACGGCCGUCCCGCUCGCAGGGUGAACGGGAACAGGUCGAACCGCGGACGAGCGUGAACGAGCGCCAGCACCAGGUGGUGGAGGAUGACGAGGAGGACGAGGGGCCGGAGGAGGACUACGAGGGCGGGGACGAGUACGAGGACGAGCUGAAGGCCGUCGUCGAGUCGCACGAGGCGAUGUCGAGGGACGACACUAGGAACUCGAACGUGUCCGCGGCAACCGCGACCGACGCCGCCGUAGAAGCUGGACCAACCGCUGCCAAGAACUUCGACUCGCACGAGGUGAUCACGGUCAACGAUUCCGACGAGGAUGUCGCUUCCAACGAGGCCAUCACCGACGAGCACGUCGACAAGUACGAUCAAGAGGUCGCCGAGCUUCUGAAGUGCAAGAAGGAUCGGAACUCGGCACACGACGGGUCAGCCAGGACGAAGACGAAACGUGUGCCGACCGUGAAGAAGGAGCUGAGCACGCAGAAGGAGAUUCUGAUAGGGAGCAACGAGACGCAGGCGGUGAAGAGUCUCCUGCCUUCGGAGGACGCGUCCAAUCGUCCGAACGAGGCCACCGAGGACGAUCGAAGGAGAAACGUCGGAUCGAACGAGUCGGCGAAACUGGAAAAUCCUGGCGAAGGUGAAAUCCCCGUGGACAAUCGAUACUCGGAGGAAAGCCCCAGGAAGUUGGACAAAAGGCAAGAAACGGUUCUGAAAAAUCUGAAAUCCUAUUUGUUGACGGAAUACGCGACCGAGGAGGAGCAACGACAGAAACUUCGCGAUCUCGGGGCUCGAGAGGAUGCCCUCGCGGAGAAUCUGCUGAAGCUCCUGGUGAAGCUAGCGGAGAAUCCAAGCCGAUGGGAACAUGCGCAGAAACUUCUUCUAACCACGGAGGAGGAACCAAAGCACACGAUAAACUCCCUGGAACCAGCUAAACGAGGCUACGAUUCGACACUGUUUAUCACCGCGACGGAAUCGUCGACCACCUCGAGAAAGUCGCGCAAGAAACUGAAGAAGAAGAAGAAGAAGCCUAAGCACCGUUCCACCAGUACGUUGACGCCAGUCCCAGCGACGCCACCUCUGCCAAGCACCACGGAGACGCCGUGGCGAACGACCCCCGUCCAGUGGCGUCUCGUCGCGGAGAGGCUGUUUGGUCAGCCUUGGAAACAGGACCAAAGACCACGGUCCCAGGAAUCCCCUAACGCGAUCUACUCCGAUGCUCAGAGUCCUCGACUCCUGACUAACGUUAGGGACGCCAUCGAACGCAACAGAUCCAAGAGCAACCUUGGCUCUGGCGCCUCGUUGACGGAGGACGCUGGCGAACCUGAGGGCAGAAGACUGGAUAGGUUUGGGAAGCUCGCUGCUCGUCGACCUGGCCAUCGAGAGUUCGCUUAUGAGAGGCCACCAGACUCGGAACACAUGCCAGAUUACGACGUGGCCGAGUCGUACCGCCGUCUGCGAUACGAUCAGCUGCCCCAGGCGCCUAGGGAAUUUCCACGCGCGCGCGACGAGGAUUACCAAGGUGAUUUCAACGCGCAGGCGGACGGUUUCGCGCGGAAUCGUGGCUACGAGCCGUCUGGGCGAAACUUUGCGCUGAGCAAAAGUUGGCCAGACGUGUCCUACGAGUACAAUCCGGCCUGGGGCAGCGAGCAGCGUCCUCAGGUGCCGAUUAGCUCGGAGACCUGGCCUUGGAGGCAGCCACGCGACGAAGCGGAGUACUGGGCGCAACGUAACAACUUGUUGCCCGUCGAGAAAAGUUAUCGGUUGCCUUCGGCCAACGACGACGACGAGGACGACUGGCAGCAGCAGCAGCAGCAACGAUUGCAUCAUUCCUGGAACAGAGACAGGUCUCCCUGGCCAAUGGAGAAGUCCUCGAAGGUGGCCCCUCCGUGGCAGCAGAACGAGAGGUCGACGAAACUGUUCCUCGACUCGAACGUCGCCUGGGACAAGGGGAAGAACCGCUCUGAAUCUAACCGCUCAACGAAACAAGACCCUAAAGGCAAGAUAGUCCUGCCUGAGAUCACUAUGAAGACGUGGAACAGCCUGACCUCUGACCCUGCCACCUGGCCACACAAACUCCCAGGCGCCAAACCGUGGCCCAAGGACGAAAACGGAAAGUCUUACAAUCCCAACGCUGAUUUGGUUCGAAAGUUGGGCUUGGACAAGCAGAACAACGCGGCCUGGUCCAAGGAGGAAGCUGAAAAGUCAAUAGGAGAGAGCAAGCCAAAAGACGAGAAGCAGAGCAGGCUGUACGCCUCCAAAGAGAAGGAAUUCCCUAGAGGCGCACCCUCGGAGUUCAAACCUAGCGACAGAAGCAAUUUCACGGAUUUCGAGGCAAGAUCCAACGACUCGAUGACACCCUGGGCACGACUGACGGAGUCAAAGGGCUCCAAAGACUGGGUAAAACCUGAGAGCAUCCAAGCUGACGAGGGGAACACUUGGAGGGGGAAAUACGAAGGCAAAAGUAGCUGGUCUGACGAAACAGGCCUGCCAAAGAUCCAAUCGGUCGGAGCCUGGGUGAUGUCAGCGGAGGACUCAGCCUGGAAGCCUUAUCGCGUGAAACCAAUGGAGAUGUCGGAUGACGAAACCUCCCAAAGAUGGUCCAAACCUAUCUCCAGGUCGAGCACAGACUCCAAGUGGCCCGAGAAGGGUUCGUGGGCUGAGAAAGCCAGCGAUCUGUGGCCUGAGAAGAACGUUCCUGACUUCUGGAAGUCUGGAAAAGGGCCCUGGUUCGCGAAGGCAAGACAGACGGACAAUCGGGGGUCGAAGUCGAGCGAGCCCGAACCCUGGAAGACGAAAGAUGGAGACUGGUUGAGAAAGGCCGACUCCUGGGCCUCUAGAAACGGGCAGAGUGGGCCUUGGACCUCAAAGGGGUCUUCUUGGUCGACGAGAUCCAACGAAUCUCGAGCUACCAAGAACAACGACGUUUCUAAAAUAGAAGAAGACUCCUGGCCUGUUAAGACUAAAGAGGACGACUCCUGGAAGAUGGGAGACGCGUGGUCCAGGAAGUCCAACGACCGUAGUGGUUGGAGCCCGAAGAGCAACGAGUUGUCUCCUUGGCAAAGGAAAAUCAGCGACGAGUGGGCCUACGGAGGCAAGGCUGGCUCCACUGGAACCUGGCCCUCCAAGUGGAAACAAUUCGCCUACCACAGGGUGACAGCAUUACCGAUCUCCAAACCUGGCACCACUGCCGACGCAGCGUCCUCAAAGUCUAAGAACGCGUUCGUAGCCGUCUCUGCGGUCUCCUCGACCAAGUACAAUGGAAACGAGUGGAAGAAGAACGACGAGGAGGGCAGGAACGAGAACGUUAAGUUGGACGAUCGGGAGAGGUCUAACGGUCAGCCGCGCGUGGGUCUCGAGCGACCCAUCUACGCGUGGAAGAAGGACGCUGCUCUACGAGCUGCUUCCGCGAAGGCCAACGCCACCGAUCAGCUGGAGAACGAGCUGGAGGCACUCGGGCAAAUUGACUUCUGGUCCUACGAGGAGCGCGAGGCUGAGAAGAGAUCGACGACAACGACGGGAACGACGUCCACGGCUCCGACGAACGCCACGUCGACCACGCAGCGUCGUCGCGCGUCAGGCGUCGCGGCGGGAAGCAGCGGGCUCCUGGAGACGAAUCGACGGACGAUCUCGAUGAAAUAGGUCGAAAGUUAACGGUAGAUCCUCGAUCUCGUCCGAUGCGUACCGGUCUGUUCCGUCGACGAUAGGCUGCGCGAUGUCUGCAAGCAAUUUCCAACGACCUUCUCUGGCCCCGUGCCAAGGCGCACCGAAGCCUUCCAACCCGUCCACGGGCCUACCCCUCGUUUUAUAAUUUCGUCGGGGUCAAAGUAUCGUCAAAACUCUCAUUUUUUGUUUCGUGAACAGAAUUGAAUUUGAAUACAUUUUGAAAAUGUCGAAUGAAUUUUUUCGAGUACAUCCCGAUUCGAAGGAUAUUCGAAUGAAGUAUUAGUCGAGAGCGACGAAUAAUUUUGUAUCGGACGCGAACGAACCCGUGGCGGUUAUUCUUGAAAUUUCAACGCCGUGUAUUUUUCAAGUAAAUCGAAAAGCAACUCCUGCGACUCUCGAUUUCCAAAGUAGCCAUUUUGUCUCCACCCCGAACCGGACUGAGCUUCUGUUCAGAAAUUAGACGGGGGGGGGGCUGAUACGGUGCGCCUGACAACGGUGUAAUUUAAGAGCUUCAAUCGCUUUCGCAAAAAGGGGAACCGUGUAACUUCGUCGCGCGAAGAGUUCAACGGGAGAAACGAGCGAAUAUUUUUUCUACGGGAGUGAAAUCGUUGGCUGCAGCCGAGCUCUGAGACGCCAUUCGAUCUCUUCGGGUCCUCUCGACGAGGCGGCCAUUUUUAUUUGUUGGAAAAGUCGGGCCACCUCUUCGUUCACCUUCGUCGAAAACGCCAGGCAAAAGAAAAAGGGAAUCCAUGACAAUAUUUGAUAAGUGACAUUAAAACGAAGACACGAGACGGACAGGAAAAGAGCUGAGAAGAUGACGUAUCGCGUCACGCGAGCCCUGACUCUCGCCACCAGCGAGAUGAGAGAUACGUUCGUUCGUUCGUGUUAACUGCUUUGUUGGAUCUUGCUCCAAGCGAGAAUCGAUAAUCGGAUUCUAUCGUUUCAGCGACACCCUUCGACCCUUUACGGUCUUUCAGCGCCUUCGUACCUUUAGAAAGUACAAGUCACGGAGCGCGAGUCGAUUGUGGCCGAGUCAACGUUUCUUGGAAAAUGAAGACGACGAUUGAGAGAGAAUAAUUGAAGAGUCCAGGACGAAAACAAUUUGAACGACCCUUGUCAUACCUUGUCCAACCCUCGAUAUUAUUUUUUCUAAAAAGAGCGUACUCAUUUUUAUUAUUUUUCUCGCGGAAACGCUCUGCUAUUGUAACAUGAAUUUGUUUAGAAUAUCGAUGGCAGAAAAAAGACCGGUCCUUUUGCUCGUGAUGUACGUCUACGUGAGUAUAUUCUAUGCAGAGACGAGAAGUUGGUCAGCGUGUCUGAUUAAUUAUGGUAUAAUCUCCUAGACUAUGCAAUGGGAGCACGGAAGGUAGCCCUGCAGGCAGGAGAUUACACCAUAAUUAAUCAGACACGCUGGUCGACUCAUCUUUCCGUAGCGAAUGGAAGUUUGAUUAUUCUUCUAUAACUCCGCAAUUUCUGUAGCCUUUAUCUUUUUUAAAUUAUCUAUACAUUUCCCUCUUGUUACGCUACAAUCUGCUUCUCCCGAACUCCACUGCUAAAAAUCUCAAUUUUUAUUCGAAAUGGACUAUGACCGUCUUUCUUCUGAACUCGUCAGUUAGCAUAAUUGAAACGUGAAAUUUUACAAAAAUGUCCGUCAAAGUUGCCAUUGAAGCUGACCCUUCCAUAGGAGAUCACGCGAAAAUGAUCUUGCAUCGCAAUACAUAUUUCUAAUCACUGUGAACAAAAAUUACAAGAAUUUGAGAAAAACACGUCGACAAAAACCGUAUAAAAAAAGAAAAAAGAAUAUUCCUCUAUUACCCUAGGAAUAUUCAUACGCUUAAUUAAAGCUCGAAAUCUUCGGAUAGCAUUCUCAUAAAAUAAAAACAAUUCCACAAAAACUUUCCGAGCCCCAGUCGUGGCCGUCUCGCUCUAUCAUAGCGCGUUGAUCGUUUUUACGCUUCAAAAGCGACCGUGGACACUGUAAAUAUGCUUUCCGAUCGACGGGAACUCGAUUUCGGGCCAAAAAUCUGUCCAAUUUUUUAUCCAAAAAAAAAAAAAAAAGAAAAGUGAGUCGAGCGAAACGCGAGGUAAACCAAAUAUUAAUGUUUCCAUUUAACACGCAAAUACUGUGACAUCUCGCAAGGCCUAUCCUCCAAAAAUAAAACAAAAGAAAUUUUGGUUUAUAAGAAUGUUUUGACAACUUGAGUCAAAAAAAAAGAAAUGAACGAGAUAGAACGAAUAAGAGUUUGAAACCUACGGAAGGGUGAGUCGAGUGACGGUACGAAUCCAAGAGAGAACUCCGUGAAUGAAAAAUGGCAUGGAUACGCACACACGCAUACAUUGUUCUACACGCACACGACAAAACGGAAUAGAAGAGACGUCGUAAGGGUACGCCGGCGUGUCUCCUCGAAUUUUCAGAAUUCAUGUACCUUUAUAGGAUCCUCUGUAUCUAUCCGUACGUAGGAUAUCGAUUUAAGGGAAACGAGAGAAUAAAUGUCGUACGUUGUA